AUGGCUACAGUAUCAUGUGACUAUGGUUAUCAACCAAAUCUCGCUUUUAUCCAUUGUAUAACCUCGGGUGAAUGGGAAAACGCAACAUGCGAGCCUAAAGACUGCGGUUCCUUGUCUGCAAUUGCAGAUGGCACAUUUACAUCACCAGUAACAACUCAUGGAGCUAAGGCUACAUACACGUGUAAUGUUGGCCAUGUUCUUACCGGAGGGGACUCGACACGGUUUUGCGAUGCAGGAAUUUGGAAUGGUACAGUGCCUAUUUGUACACCUAUAGUAUUCCAAAACUGUUCCAAUGUGAAAUUGUGCAACCCGUCAUACUCUGAUGGAGAAUAUUGUAUAUAUCCCGAAGCUAUGGGAGGACACAAGAUCAAAGUAUUUUGUUAUGGAAUGUCAACAGCGUCCCCAUCGGAAUACAUCAUAUGUGAAACGUCGUAUGAUCUAUCUCCUCUGUUUAACAACCAUCACUGA